AUCCCCCGUCCAUGUUAAACUUGGAAUAAAAUAAGCUUACGCAUUCUCGGUACGCCCGUCUGGCACCAACUCUAAAAUACCUACACCUGCAUCAAUAAAUAAUUGGUACACGUACAAAUCUACGAGUGCGUAGUUAAUCGUAGUUCUUUUUUCUCGCCGUUCGAUCACGUCGUCGUGAUCGGUGUCUCGUUUUCUGUGGUUGGUGGUUAAAAUAGGUGGUGGUAAAACCUCGUGCGUGGUGGAACGAACUCCACCAGCGUCGAAAGAGACGAAUCUCCCAUCCUUUUGAACAGUUCGAUGCAAUAUCGGCAACGGGCAUACACAGAAGUCGUCGGGUCUUUGGCUCGCGUUAUAACUCGGAGGUCUCGGAGGUCUUUUCUCGCUCGACACGGGACGACGUACAUCGGGCUUUUACUAUUAUUGUGAUAAAAUAACGUUUUUUUUCACCGUUUUUUUCUACCGAGUACAAAGAGACCAAAGUUUCGUUUUGAGAUUAAACUAUAAUCGUUGUUCCCGUCGUCGUCGUCGUCGUCGUUGUUGCUGUUGUUGUUUUUGUUGUUUUUGUUGUCGUUGUUGUUGUUGUUAUUGUUGGAAAGUUGAUCGUGCGAUAAUGAUGGGUGGACGUUGAAUAUAAACGGGCGAGAAAUACGAUUUUCUACGCGUCCAACUGUAGAUUUUCGCGGAGAAAAUAUCAGGAAGAAAAGAGGAAAGAAAUAAGAAGCUGGGAGUGGAAAAAUUUGAGGAAGAGGAAGAAAAAAAAAGAAAAAAAAUAAAAGAAAUACGAGAAGAAAAAGAGGAAGGAGCUUUGACGAGGUGAGAAAAUAAGCAGGAGCGAUAUAAGGACCCGUAAGGGCGAAGCAAACAAGAAGGCAAAAGCGGUUGAGGGAAUAAGAAGCGCACGAAGAAUCAGAACAGGAAGAAUACGAAGAAGAGAAGAAGGAGAGAGAGAAAGAAUAAGAAGAAGCCUCACACGAGCUGGAACGAGGGGGAACGAGUUUUCAGAGAGCCACGAACGAGGGAGUCAAGCUCCGGUGGAAGACACCAGUCUGGACCACAGGUGGUUGAGCCCUCAGCGUUUCAAGUCAACGCUCGCGAGGAAGGUACUCCAACCCCGGCCGGGAGAAUCCCGACCGGACAAACGAUAUACCGGAUUCUCCAGUUUUUCGGCACCUAUCGUGAUUCCUUUUUAUUUUUCUCCAAUUCAAUAACCCAUCGAGCCUGCGAGAAUCUCACGAAACAGCUUCCUCGCGAUAAUUUCGUCUUAACCACGAGACUUCUGGAGGUUUUUCUCUCGACGGCAACAAGUUUCUGGCGCCAGGCUGAGAGAUCACGAAGGACCGCGUGAAUAACGAAUUUACUUUCGAUAAGAGGACAAUUUAGUUGGAAGAGCCCUUGAGACGAAAGAGGAAAGAUAGCGAUUAAAAAUGACGGCAAAAAUGGUGAAAACGAAACUGGUUCCGCCCGAUGGUGGAUGGGGUUGGAUCAUUCUGUUUUCCGCGUUGGUCGUUAACUUCUUGAUACCGGGUACGGUAAAGUCCUUCGGGGUCCUCUUCCCCGAGUUUCUUCAAGUAUUCAAGGCUUCGCCGACCGCGGCCUCGUGGAUGCCAGCCCUGUGUUACUUCCUGUACAGUUCUCUCGGCCCUCUCUCGAGUGUCCUCUCGAUGAAGUACUCGUAUAAAACGGUAACCGUAAUCGGCGGUGCCUUUGCCGCUUCGGGAAUGAUGUUGAGCUACUUUGCAACGUCCGUCUCAUAUCUUUAUGUCAGCUACGGGAUCAUGGUUGGAAUUGGCGCUGGAUUGACGUUUCCACCUACGGUUUACAUCGUCACAUCGUACUUUGAAAGAUUGCGAGGCUUCGCCAAUGGGCUCUGCAUUUCUGGGAGCGCCAUCGGUACCAUCGUCCUGCCGCUCUUUCUUCAGUAUCUUCUCGAUCAAUUUGGUCAUAGAGGCGCAGUAUUGAUAAUGGGUGCAAUAACGUUGAACACUUUGGUGUGCGGAUUGCUGUAUCAUCCGGUCGAACAACACAUGAAGGAAGUGCCGAUUGACGAAGGAAUCGACAACGAGGCAAUGUCCUUGGACGAGCCAGCGACCGAGACGAAAAUCCGGAUGAGUUUACCGAGCAUUCCGGAGCCGAAUACGAUUGUUCCCCACCACGAUACGAGCAACUCGAGCACCGGCACGUCGUCCUCGCAUUUGGCAGAUUUAUCGAAAUAUCUGGAAAAGACACUGAGCAGCACCGUCGAAAUCGAAGACGAAAGGACGAACCGGUGCGAGGAAGAGUCCGACAAAUCGGAAGAUACGGAGGAGCCGAGAGUCGAGAGUACUUCGGAGCAAUCGAUGAGCGACGGAUCGCAGCCUUCGGUUGCAACGAUAAUCGAGGCCUCUGGAAACACCAAAUGUCCGAUAACUUCGAGCCUCGUAGCCACGCCACCGUUGAGUCGGGGAAAUUCGAGUCGGAAGAGCACCGGAAGGGAAAAUUCUUUUCAUCUGUCACGCCAGCACAGCAUCGUCUCCGACAUGGGCCCGAUCGCUUUGAGCCCACGAGUUCCUGGAUUAUUCAAGAGGAUAUUUCGCACGCAGCCUACGAAAUCGAGGGGCAACGAUAAGCUCGACAGCAAAGAGACGAUCGUCCAUUCGGACAAUAUGAAUAGUUCGAAAAAACUGGACGAAGACUCGUCCCAAAGUACGACCAGCUCGAGUCUCAGCUUUUUCGACUUCAGCGUUUUGACCGACCCGAUUUAUCUCGUUAUUCUCAUAUCGAACUCAACUUCUGCCAUAAGUAACACUAAUUUCAUGAUAUUAUUACCGUCUUACGCGAUAUCCGAGGGCUUCGACAAAAAUCGUUCGGCCGUAUUGUUGUCGAUCGUUUCAGCGUUUGACCUCGUCGGCAGAAUCGGCGGUGCCUCACUCUCCGAUAUGGAUUUCAUACCAAAGUAUUAUUACUUCGUUUGCGGCCUCGGCCUCAGUGGCAUCGCGUUAGCGCUCUUACCGAUGGCCGUCAGUUAUACUAUGCUCUCCUUUUUCUGCGCACUUUUUGGCUUAUCUUCCGGCAUGUAUAUCGGCAUUACGACCGUUAUUCUCGCCGACAUGUUGGGUACAGAAAAAUUGAGUUCCUCCUACGGCAUUUCCUUGUUCGUUAACGGCGUUCUACAACUCGUCGGACCACCCUUGUGCGGCUUCGUUUACGAACAGGUUGGAUCUUACAAACCCAUUUUUUUGACACUAGGAAUCAUUCUCAUUCUCGGUACUGCCCUGUGGGCCGCAGUACCGAUCAUCAAAAGAAACAAAAAAGACGUCGAAGCCGCUUGACCAUUCUUCACCAAAUUUUCAAAAACGUUUUCAAACUACGCAUUUUGAAAACGUUUAAAAUAAUGCAUUUCGGUUCAUUGAUCGUUCACUUUAUAGUGAAAAAAAAUCAUGUCUUCAUUUUUCAUCAUUUGCGUCACCAUCUCUUCCCCCCCCCCCCCCCCCCCCCCCCGCGAACCUUUCGUAUCCAAUGUAAAUGUUUCCUUUUAUUUUGUAUGUAAAUUUGCAUGCUUAGUCAAUUCCGUUCAUGUUCCAUGCACGAGUGCAAAACAAAAGUUUAUACUUUUUUCUGUUAAAUUUUUCGGUGGCUCUUCGAUUGCCAUUAGAGGAAUAGAAAGAUUCGGAAUUUCGAAAUUGCGUUGGCAAAGACACCUCGAAAUUUUCAAACGGAUUUAUUCCUCGACACGAAUUUAGCAACGCCAUAAAAAUGAAAGUGUAUCCUCCUCCGAUCACUUUAUCAACGAUUGAUUCGAUGCUGCUUCGUAAUCGAGGUGGCUCCGAGUGUCAAACAAAUGUGAGUUUUCCGAUUUUCCGAGGCGUCGCGUUGCGAUGAAAAUUCGACGAAUGUGUUAGGCGCGCACUCAAACAUCAAUAAAGCACUCGAUCGCGUUGACUCAUCGUAAUUGUCUGUCAUAAUGGUCGAGUAUGCAGUUAUUGGAGAAGAGCAAUUAGAAAAAUACUUAAUGAUAGCUUAUUUUUAUAAAUAUUUAGUCGAUUUUAACGAGCAGAAAACGCAUUAACGGUUCGAUUGGACGAGUAGGAGGAAUCCGUGUUGAAAUCGUUUGACGAGUUAAUUCCUGCAGGAUAACGAGAAAAGUGUUGUAUAGAGAAGCACAAUUAUUUAGCACGGAUAAUUGCUCACGUCCGAUCGAAGUGAAAAAUUCCACUUAAUCGCCGAGCAAAUUCCUAGAAAAUAAUUCUUUUUUUUUUCCUUGAGAGUAUAAAUCUGUACUCUAAAUAAUCCGGUAAAACUUCGUAGUGUACUUUUUCAACGGUUCGUCAACGAAAGAGGGAUUCUAUGAACGAGGAUCGUUACGUUCAAUGUUCACUGAGGAAAAAAAAUCGUUGAUUCAAUAGCGAUCGAUGUUAUUGCAAGAGUUUUUUUUUCGUUCAACUGCAAUUAAUGUUUUCGGGGAGAAUGAAUCUGCAGUUUGAUCUAAAACUCUUUCGUUCGAUUUAAUCUUGUGAUCGUGUAUUUCGUUGGCACCCCGUAAUGCCACAUUUCGUUGCUCCAAUGACUUUUUUUUCUCAGUGUCGUUGCAAGCUGAAAAGAAAAAAAAAACGACUUUGGGGUCACGGCCCGGCCACCUUUUUCCGAUUGGGGAGCCGCAGCAAAAGCGUAAAUAGAUGCAACGGAUUACAGAAAGUUUUAUAUCGAAGUUGCACUGUCACGCGUGCGUCGUGGUGGUCUUUGACGAGGAGGAUAUCGAAGCCUUUCGACAUAAAAACUUCUAAGAUCAGGUUAGAAAUGUACAUCCGAAGGUCGCUUCGAUUUACGGGAGCGAUUUAUACGAUUAAACCUGCUUAGAAGCGAGGUUUAUUUGUCCUGCAAACAUUGAAAAUAUUGAGACUCGCACGAUGGAUAGUCUCGAAGAGAUCCACCGAGAUUCUCAUCAAGGACCAGUCUGAUAAACACACACGUUUCGUCUUAAAUUGUCUACGUAUUUAUAUCUAGUCAUAUUAUUUAAGGAUGUACAAAAGUAAAAUUAAGGAGUGAAAACACAUGAAAAUAUAACGAGUGUUAAUUUUCUCUGUGACUCGAAUUUCAGUGAGCGUAGGAUUUCUAGGAAAAGGGGGCUAAUCGUUAAAACACGAGCGGCAAAUUUCAAUAACACAAUGCUCGUGAAAGUGAUGUUGACUCAACAUGUACAAAAAUUUGCUUGUGCAGCGUGUUAAUGAUUUCGUAGUUUCUUCAUUGUUUUUUUUGUUUAUCCGCAAAUGUGUACCGCGAUCGAUCUCGCCGUUUACCACAUUUAUGUUCUUUCCUUGUUUUUCGAUAAAGCAACAUGAAAGAAAAAUUAUUAUUAUUAUUGAAAGAGUUGUAAGGCGGCAAGCGGAAAUAAUGAUGAUCCUCGUGGACCUUACCAUCAAGUUUAUGUUUUUAGAGUAUGAAUUCAAUUUUUUUUUGUAUACUAACGUGCGUUCGUGUACUUGAUGCGAAAGAAUGAGACGAUGAGCUCAUUUUCGAUCUAUGAUUGAAAAAAUUACAGAUUUAAUACCUCGUGGCAGAUGAGAGAUGAAACCUAUAUUUAUGUCGCACAAAUGCAUGAAUGAUUCAGAACGAUGGAGUAACGAAUUGUAUUAGAACGUAUACGGAUGAAUAUAUGAAACGACGACGAUAAUAUUUACUUCGGUGAAAGAAAGAGGAUGAUAACGAUUUGGCUUUGCUUACACAAGAGAAUUCAUUAAUUAAUAUUUCGAAGAGUAAAUUAAUCAAAGUAUUAUAAAAAUGGUAUACUUCAACGAUGCUCAAUGCCCGUUUUGAUGAGGAAAAUGGAGAAAAGAAGAACGAAACGUUUGUAGGUUUCGGUUAGACUGAGUAGAGAUUUUUUAAAAUGUUGGAUCCAUCAAAAAUAUGAAGUAAAAUUUUUGGAAACGGUAGAAAAAUGAUGAAUGUACUUUUUUGUAUGGAAAUUAAAGCGAUACUUUCGAUUAUUACGAAUCGAUACUUCGAGAAGGAAUAUUGAGUCGAGUCGAUAAUUACUUGUAAGUCGAAAGAACGAAUCUAUUCUUCAAUGAAGAAACUGCUAGGAUCACAAAAUCGUUUAUUUUCAUGUUUCGAAUUAUCAGCUAUUUUCUAUCGUCAAAUAAUGAGAUCACAUAAAAAUAAUUUCUACAAGAA